AUGUCUCAAAUGCUAAAACCCAUCAUUAUCCUCGUACUAUCAUCAGUUCUUGUGUUGGCACCUCACUUGGUUGAAGCCGACACGCACCUGUCCGUCAACAACUAUUUAUACAACAGUUUGGAGCUGCUUCUCCAUUGCCAAUCUAAAGAUGAUGAUCUUGGGCGUCACCUUCUUCAUCCCAAAGAGAGUUUCAAGUUCCGUUUCAACCCUAAUUUGUGGGGCACGACUCUGUACUAUUGCAGCUUCCAAUGGCCAGGUGCUGUGAAGUGGUUUAAUAUAUAUGAAGAUGGUAGGGAUUCAUCCAAUUGCGAUGAUGGUAAGUGCAUUUGGAUAAUUAAACAAGACGGACCAUGUCAGGUUAAUGCACCUGGCUACGGUGUCAUUUGCUAUCCAUGGAAGGGCGAGUAA